CUAAAGGGUAAAAUACUCUUUACACACAACUUUCCACUAUAUAACCAACUACAACGUUGUCUAAACACCACUUCAAACAUAAAAACAUUACAAACCAUGUUAAUUUCCUCCACCGUGGCCACCACCACUACCACCAUCCUUCUCCUCCUUACUCUAACUUCCGGCAACCCUCCACCACAUCCCUUCCACAAAAUCUUCGCAUUCGGCGACUCCUACACCGACACCGGCAACACUGCCUCCGACACCGGCCCUAGCGGCUUCAGCCACGUCUCCAACCUCCCUUACGGCCGCACAUUCUUCCACCACCCCACCAACCGAUACUCCGAUGGCCGUCUCGUUAUCGACUUCGUAGCACAAUCACUCACCUUACCUUUCUUGCCACCUUACCUUAACCGCAAAGCGGACACUUCCAAAGGUAUCAAUUACGCGGUCGCAGGAUCCACCGCGAUCCGACACGGGUUCUUUGUCAAAAACAACCUUACAUUAAACACAACACCUCAGUCUUUGCAAACUCAGUUAAGUUGGUUUAAUAAGACAUUGGAGGGGUUAAAAUGUAAAAGUGCAAUGUUGACUCCGGUAGAGUGUGCGGUGGUGUUCCGGGAUGCGUUGGUUUGGGUGGGUGAGAUCGGAGCUAAUGAUUAUGCUUACACUCUUGGAUCGACGGUGAGUGGAGAAACCAUUAGACGGCGUGCGGUUCGCAGUGUAACGGAGUUUGUAGAGGCGUUGCUGAAUAAAGGUGCAAAAUACAUGGUGGUACAAGGGCUCCCUACGACAGGUUGUCUAACCCUAGCCAUGUACCUUUCACCCGAGUCCGACCGUGAUGACAUUGGUUGCGUAGCCACGGUCAACAACCAAAGCUACAUCCAUAACACCAUUCUCAAAACCAACAUUCAAAACUUAAGAAGAAAAUACCCGAAGGCAAUAAUCGUAUAUGCCGAUUAUUGGAACGCCUAUCGUUCUGUGAUAAAGAACGCACCAAAGCUCGGGUUUCAUGAGCUUUACAAAGUUUGUUGUGGGUCUAGCGGCGGACCUUAUAACUUCGACUUGACCGCUAUUUGUGGGUCCAAAUCUGCUAGCUCAUGUCAAAACCCUUCUGAGUAUAUCAAUUGGGAUGGAGUUCACCUAACCGAAGCUAUGUAUAAAGUAGUUUCUGAGAUGUUUCUUAAUGGUCCUUUUACUCAGCCGCCAUUUAAGUACUUGUUGAGAAGUAAACAAAGCUCGGGUUAGAUGACAAUAAGUGUCUUUUUGUAAUGUUUAUUCAUUUGGUAUCAAUAGUUUCAACCAUUUACUCAUCAGUCGUUUAAUUUUCGCAGAUUAAAUAAGUGAAAUAACAAAUUUUCCUUUCAAA